GUAAACCACAACACUGGACGGACUUGUUGAAGAUAAGAAACAGUUUGCAAAUGAAAGGAGAGGAGGACACUGCUGGAGAAGAUGAUCUGCAGGAUCCUGCUGCUCAUCAUCCUCACCUCAUGUAUCUCUGGAUCAUUUGUAGUCAAUGUGACACAGACCUCCUAUCAGGCAGAGGAGAACCACAGCAUCACACUGGAGUGGACGUUCACCACCAAACCUGACAGAUCCAACAAAACUCUCAACAUCCUCUGUGAACUCUUCAUCAGUAAUAAUAACGUUUCAGUCCUGUAUCAUGUUCAUGAAGGUGUUGAGGUGUCAGAGUCUCAGGAUGAAAAGUUUUCAGGACGAGUCCAGAGUGACAAAGACGCCCUCAGAGAAGGACGAAUCAGACUUCAACUGUCCAGACUGAGGACUGAUGACUCGGGUCUGUACCUGUGUGAGGUGAACACUGAUUAUGGCUUCAGUGUUGGAAAAUGUCAACUCAACGUCACUGCAGUGAGGGAUUUUCCUGAAUCUGCGAGAAAACCUGAGGCAUCAAACACAGAGAGUCGAGGAAGGAUCGGCCUGUACUGUGGAGUGACAGCAGCUCUGCUGCUUCUCUGCUGCUUUUCAUUUAUUUACUGUCUAAAUAACAGGACUUCUACACAGAGUCGAGGGUUGGAUGUCGGAAAACUUUGAGCUCAUCAGAUGAAUAAGUGGAAAAAGUUUGAUCAACAAUGUAAAUGAGACUGCUAGAGGGUUUGGUGGAAAGAUAAUAAUGAGCCACAAUCUAGAGCUG